CGACGAUCGAAGCCACAGCAGACGACAAACGCAACUUCAGCCUGGCACACGCGCCUCAGCAUCGACGAUCUCCCUUCAUUCCCUGCUCACAAUAGCAAGGAAAUUAAGCGGCUUUGUUGGACCUACCCCCCACCCUGCCCCGCCAGCAGGUACACAGCGAACGGACAACGAUCCUCGACGACAAGUUGCGCUCGUCCAUUGUCUUGCAAUCGAUCGAUAUUGACACACGUACAAAAGAGCUCUUCAUCAUCUAAGUGGGAUGCUGCUGCUGGGUGCUGGCUAAGGGCCGUGACCACUGGACCCUAGUCAGUCACACGUCUCGGAUGGUGGUGAGACAUUCAUCACGGAAUAAACUAAGGCAAUCCUCUGUCCCCGCUUCGACUGGCAAACUUCUAAUGCACUAAAAAUAGUGUCCACCGACAGGUAAGCCUACAGCAACGAGCCACCGAUCGAAAAGAAAUUCCAGUGCCAGUGCCAGUGCCAGAUCGAUCGCGUUCAUUGCCGUCAGCGGACGUUGAAAUCGGCUUAGGCGAUGACUGAUCAACUGCUGAGUGCAGCCUCCGGCCAGCCACCGCCACCUGCCCUGGUGGCUCUGCCCGUCUCAACGCCCGGGUCCUACCUCAACGGCGCGUCGGAGGGGGAUGUUGAGUCAGCGGAGCAGCCGGUGCUGCUGGAGCUCGGUGCCACCAUACAGUCGGGCCACAUCCCCGUCAGCUUGAACUACACGCUGUCCAGCGAUGGAAGCGGCAUGCUGGCCUAUGCCUCACAGCAGCAGCCGCUGCCGCCGCCGCAUGGCUGCCUCACCUAUACGCCCUCGCUGAUGAGCAGCUACGAGAAGGACUCCUCCGGCAUGGGCAUGAUGCAGUCCACGAUGGCCCAUCCGCCCUACAGCAUCAUUCCGCAGCCAGUGUCGAUGUGGCAUGCAGCCGGCCAGCUGCCCGUUCCCCUGUCCAGCCAUAUGGAGAGCAAACCCAGCGAGCUGGUGCCUCCGCCCAUGUACAUGGCCUACGGGGGCGGCAGCAUUGCCAGCAGCACCGAGGUGGAGAUCUCAAAGGAGCACAAUCCCGCCUGGCGCGAGAAGGCUCUGCAGAUGGAGAAGGACUACAGGCGCACGGCCUGCGACCGAGAGCGCACGAGGAUGCGGGACAUGAACAAAGCCUUCGAUCUGCUGCGCUCCAAGCUGCCCAUCUCCAAGCCAAAUGGCAAAAAGUACUCCAAAAUCGAGAGCCUAAGGAUUGCCAUCAAUUAUAUAAAUCAUCUGCAAGCCAUGCUGCGCGACAAUUCCACAUCCCAGAACGAUAGCGUCUGCUGCAACUGGAGCGGUGGCAGCAGUUCGCCCUACGAUCAUGGCCACGACCACUGGGGGGCGUAACCAAAAGAAAAUCUUCGAAUCGUAUGUGAAAAGUUUUGCCAAAGAACCAAGCCUUGACCAGUGUCGUGUCACAUCGAAAUUGUUAAAUUUGGGCAUUUCGUGCAGCGAAAAAAUUGAUUUUAAGAGGUGAACCCACGCCGCCUCCUUCUUCCUUAUUAGUGUAAUAAAUAUAAUAAUAAAUAAAAGUGUUAUAAC